AUGUCAACUUCCUAUCGUCCUUGGCGGCCUCUACGAGCCGAGGUCCACCCAUUAUUCUCCUCAUCUUCAAAAUCAACCGACUACAGUCAAGUUGCCCAAGCUUCGAGUCCUCUAUGGGAUAGACUGAGGUCAUCCACACCCAGAGAAGGUCUCGAAGAGUCCAAGCUAGCGGUAGCAAUUGAGUGGCCUGAAGACCGACGCCUAGGGAAAGGGAAGGAGAGAAGUCUGAUUAUAUGGGUUGAGCAGGCAGAUGCGCACGACGAUGUUACAUCAGACUACAGGCUAUAUGUUCAUCCAUCUUUAAUACCUUCAUUCUCAAUGACACCUUUAAGCAUCUUGUUACAUCUCCAUGAACCUACCGGAUUAUCCUUAGCUAUCUUACAGCCUGUUCUUGCUCAUCUAGAUGAUAAUCUACCACGCGAAGAGGAACUUCAUUUGUCGUCACUAUAUGGAUCUUCAACUCCUAAUGGCCAUACAGACCAUGAAACUCUUGUUCCGAUAAUAAGGCAAGGGAACUAUCUCCCUUCCACAGCGAAAUAUAGGGUUUUAUUGCUCGAACCAGUUACUCAAGGAUGUAUAACGCCUUCAACGCGAAUAAUACUUUCUACCGAACCGUAUAUCCCCAAUGAUGAGGGGGGAGUUUACGAAGAUGAUGAAAUACAAUCAAGUUACGCCAAAACUCAUUUGAGUUUAUCAAACUUUGAUCCGGACGCUUUCCUCUCAUCUGACCUAUCAUUGUCGUUAUCCGUUCCUCAGGGGGAGCAUUUCGCUCUGAAUGGGGAAGAUGCGCUGGCAAAAUCAAUAUCAUCAAAUACAUCAGGAAGUUUGACUCCUCGUCCAGGAGACAGACCUCCAUCACCACCUGCAGCGCUGGACGAACUAGUGGCUGAAGAGGUUGAGAGAGGCGUCAAAUUUGCACCUAUAAAAGCAAAAGGAGGCGAAGACGACGUGUGCUGGCUAGGUGUCAGUGGAUUAGGUAGAGCGGGUAUUUUUGAAGGUGAUUGGGUGUUCUUAAAACCUAUUUCCAAUAACGCAGAGGCUAGCACAAGUACAAGUACAAAUGGUAAAAACGGUAGAUUAGUUAAAGCUCUAGCAUGGGAAAAACUCGACGACUUUGAUGAAGACCUACCUAGUAACCCAAUCUUGCUACCCCCAUCUCUUCAUCGGUCCCUUCUCAAUACCUCAGAUUCCACAAAGAGUGUCAUAGUCCAGCCAACACCUUUCGGAGCUAGAUUACCCACUUUGCCGACAGCAAAAACAGUCACUUUAGCUCGCAUAGCCACCUCAGAAGGAGUAGACAAACGAUACGAAAGGUCGUGGCUGAAAAACCUCAAGAGACACUUCACGACAUCGAAAGGCAAGAACAAGGAGGACGAGUGUCGAAGAUUAGUCAGAAGAGGAGACAUAAUUUCGAUUCCAGUAUACCCAGCCAAACCACUUCCAGCAGACAAUACAACGGGAAACAAUAGUGAUUCAGAUUCAGAGCUAGAUUUAGAUGUAGACGAAAUAGAAAUCAAGGAAGAUUCAUUACCGAAAGCUACAGGAAUAGUGUACUUCACUGUUACUUCGUUAUCGUAUGACCCGCUCGUACCUCUCGAAGAAGAUUUUCGGUCUUCCUUAUCAUCAAAAGCUAGAUCUGGCGAAUUAGGUUGCUGGGUCGAUGUGGAAGAAGGCACUAAAAUGGUGUUGACUGGCGUUGAGAAAGAAAGAAUUUCUCGUAGAGAUGGGGAUCUGGUCUGGCACCGUCUAAAUUCUGCACCCCCUCCAUUCAGUCAUGCACCGACUACCAAACUGCGCGAUCUUCUCAAAACUUGUUUCGUCUAUCCCACAUUAUCAUAUGCGGUACAACUGUCAAUCCUGGUAAAGGGGGCUCGUGGAUCAGGGAAGAGAAGUUUGAUCAAAAAUGUAGCGAGCGAGCUGGGAUACAACAUCGUCGAUGUUGAAUGUUAUGAUAUCAUCGGAGAUUCUGCCAAUGUUACUUCUGGAAGCCUACUAGCGAAGCUUGAAAAAGCCAAAUUAUGUUCACCUUCUCUACUGGUUUUGAAUCAUAUCGAGGCACUAGCGAAGAAGACGGAAAGUACUGUUCUAGGCAGACCACCAGCGAUAGUCAAAGUGCUUGAAGAGAUCAUCAAAUCUGCUAAAGCAACAGAUUAUUGGCCUGUGAUGGUGGUUGGGACGACACUAGAAGCUGACUCUGUACCCAAUGAAUUACUUGGAUGUUUUAAGCAAGAUGUCGAGAUCAAAGCACCCAAUGAAAAUGAACGGUUGACCAUCCUUACCCACCUUUUAGCAGGAUACACAGUCGCACCAGAUGUAGAUCUUACUUCAAUUGCCAGGCAGUCAGCGGCUCUUCAUGCGGGUGAUAUCCAGUCAUUAAUCUAUAGUGCAUACGAUAUUUCUCUGAAACGCAUCUCAAAAUCCUCGAUUUCCAGUAAUAUGGCAAAUGCUCGAUUAGCAGGGAUCCAGAUGACCUCUUUUGAUCUAAAUCAAGCUAUCAAUGAAGCUAGGAAUGAGUAUUCAGACAGUAUAGGUGCACCUAAGAUUCCGAAUGUCACUUGGGAAGACGUGGGAGGCUUGAGUAAUGUAAAGCAGGAUAUCCUUGAUACUGUCCAAUUACCACUGCAGAGGGGGGACCUUUUCGGUGAAGGGUUGAAAAAGCGUUCUGGUAUCCUCCUUUAUGGGCCUCCUGGAACGGGAAAGACGCUUCUUGCAAAAGCUGUGGCAACAUCAUGUUCUUUAAACUUCUUAUCUGUCAAGGGACCCGAAUUAUUGAACAUGUACAUUGGUGAAUCCGAAGCGAAUGUUCGACGACUUUUUCAACGUGCAAGAGAUGCUAGUCCAUGUGUCAUAUUCAUGGAUGAAUUAGAUUCUGUCGCACCUAAAAGAGGUAACCAAGGUGAUUCAGGUGGAGUAAUGGAUCGUAUAGUUUCUCAAUUGCUUGCAGAGUUAGAUGGAAUGUCUUCGUCCUCCUCCGGAACAUCAAAUCAAGUAUUCGUCUUAGGUGCUACGAAUAGGCCGGAUUUGCUGGAUCCAGCAUUAUUGAGACCUGGAAGAUUUGAUAAAAUGCUAUAUCUCAGUGUUCCUUCGACGCAUCAAGCUCAAUUAGAUAUCUUGAAAGCCUUAACCCGGAAAUUCACUUUACACGAAACGUUAAAGUUGGAAGAUAUAUCGGAAAGAUGUGAAUUAAAUUAUACAGGUGCCGAUCUGUACGCUCUCUGUGCGGAUGCGAUGUUGAUCGCAAUGACAAGGACUGCUGAGUCUAUCGAUCGGAAGAUAGCCAAUAUCAAUGCUAAAUCCGACCCCAAUUCAAAUGGAGAAGAUGCGGAUAUGAUGAAAACUUGGAAAGGGGAUUUGACUGUUCAGUAUUAUUUAGCUAAAAUAGCUACUCAAGAAGAAAUUGAAGUUAAAGUAACCAAAGAAGACUUCAUAAAUGCCUUGAACAAGUUAAUCCCGAGUGUAAGUAAACAUGAGAUGGAACAUUAUGAAAGAGUACAGCAGGAAUUCAAAGGUUUCAGUAUUGGAAAAUCGGCGGAACCAACGGCCGAUGAAGCAGAUCAAGAUAUCACACGACAUGGAUAUGCGGUUAAUGGAGUGGACGCGCACAGAGGUGAAAGCAAAAACAUGGGAAACGGUGAUAGGAAAGGUAAAGGUAAAGCAAGGCAGAUUGAUGGGGGUGCAGAAGAAGAGUAA